AUGGCCGCUCAGGAAUACUACAGUCAAGGCGGCCGUCCACAGCCUCCCUACGGUGCCGACUCGAACUCAUCACCUUACUACCAAUCUCACGAUACUCCUUCACCUGGGUCGACACCAGCACCGCCGUACCAGGCCGCGUACUCGGCACCACCCGAUACUUCAAUUUACCCUGCCGAAUCCGCAGGUCACGUCCCUACCUCGAAACCGGCCCCUUACUCACCCAGCGAUAUAUCGUACACACCGGCAGCCGCGUACGCUGCUCCCGGGCAAAGCUCGAGCUCACGACCUCAAGGCCAAGGUCAAACAGAGCAGUCUCCAUUUGACACCGUCUUUGACGACAACGCCUAUCCGAUGAACACAAACUCGAGACCGACGCCUUCCUCUAGCACAGGCGACAUUGGCCAGCAUGGUUUUUAUCAGGAUACGAGUUAUCACGGCGGACCCGACCCAGCUCAUGGACAUGGACAGGGACAGGAGGCCAUCCCACUCCAAGAUCGACCUGGAAAGGAUGUCGAUGCUGAGAUGAACGACCACAUCUAUGAUGCCCCUGGACGGAACAGAAAGGGCAAGAAGGGCAAGGUUCGCCUGGGCGAGUUGGGCAUGCUGGGCGCAAACAAUAAGAGAAUUCCUUGGGUCGUCUACAUCUUUUCUGUGGUCCAGAUUGCAGUCUUCAUCGCCUGCAUUGCCAGGAACGGUGUACUAACUGGGUCCCCCAUUGCGACCAAGCCCGAUUUCAACAUCUUCAUCGGUCCCUCGUAUCCAGUCCUCAUCAACAUGGGAGCCCGAUUCGCCCCUUGUAUGCACAACGUUAAGGGCAUCCAAGACCGAGAGAUGCUCAAAACCUCGAGCGGCCUGCAGGAUCCUGUCGUUUUCAUGUGCCCAAACGCCACUAAGAACGACACUCUCUGCUCUCUCAAGACAGUCUGCGGCUUUGGUGGAACUGUCCCGAACCCCAAGUUUAACGGUGACAUCGAUCAGAGCCCACAGCCAAACCAGUGGUUCAGAUUCAUCACCUCUAUCUUCCUCCACGCUGGUGUGGUUCAUAUCCUCUUCAACCUCCUGGUACAGCUCACCAUCGGGAAGGACAUGGAAAGGGCUAUUGGACCUGUUCGAUUCUUGCUGGUGUAUAUCAGUGCUGGAAUCUUUGGCAAUAUCAUGGGAGGAAACUACGCACCACCCGGCUACGCGUCUAUGGGUGCUUCUGGUGCCAUCUUUGGCAUUAUUGCUUUGACCCUUCUCGAUCUUCUCUACUCCUGGAAGGACAGGAAGAGCCCGGUCAAGGAUCUCCUUUUCAUCUUCCUCGAUAUGGCGAUCGCUUUUGUUUUGGGACUCUUGCCUGGCCUGGACAACUUUGCUCAUAUUGGUGGUUUCUUGAUGGGUCUCUCUCUCGGCGUCUGUGUUCUCCAUUCUCCCAACUCACUGCGAAGACGGAUAGGUCAGGAGCUUUCCUACUCAGCAGUGUCACCCAGCACUGGCGAGACGCCACCCCCCUUCUUUAAGAACCCUGUCGGUUUUUUCAAGGGACGAAAGCCUCUUUGGUGGGCUUGGUGGUUGAUUCGUGCUGGAUUUCUGGUCAUGAUCAUCGUCGUCUUCAUCGUUCUUCUCAACCGAUUUUACACCAGCCACGAGGUUUGCAAGUGGUGCAAGCACAUUAACUGUCUGCCCGUCAAGGACUGGUGUGAGUUGGGAAACUACGAUGACCCGAAAUAA